ACUGGUGCUGUCGUGAUCCGAGUUCUGACAUGCUGCAUGAAUUACUGGUCACGUUUAGUUAACUGACGAUGGCUAGCAACGAUACCAAAUUUCGCGGGCUUCUUCAACGCCCAUACGAGCCGACUUUUGUGCCAAAGUCCGGUGGUCAAGUGUACUACGAUCUGCCGGAUAAUUUCCUAACGGAUCGGUAUCGUCCCCUCGGGCAGGCGCUGCAGAGUCGCUAUGGAACGAAUGUGCAAACGAGGAUCCCGCUGCCGAACAUCGCGGCUCCUGAUAUCAACUUUGCGCAACCGAUUCCUCGCCGUGGAGAGUUUUCAAUGUUCAACCAGAUGCACGCCCAAGCUGCUGGACAGUUGAUAGAAUUGUUUAUGAAUCAGACUGAUCCCGACAACAUGUGCGCAGUGGCAGCGUACUGUCGGGAUCGUAUGAAUGGAACUAUGUUCCAAUACGCACUAUCCGUGGCUCUGCAACACCGGCCAGAUACUAUGAAUGUGUCUGUACCGAGUUUUCUGGAGCUCUUUCCGGAUCGCUUUAUGGAUUCAUCAGUGUUUCCACAGAUGCAAGAGGAAGGCAGGAUUGUUACUCAAGGUGACAGGAUGGCCAUUGACAUCCCUAUGAACUAUACGGCAUCGGAAAGAGAAUUGGAGCAAAGGAUGGCUUAUUGGCGAGAGGAUAUUGGGGUCAAUCUACAUCAUUGGCACUGGCAUCUGGUGUAUCCAGCGUUGGGGCCUGACAGAGUGGUCCGAAAGGAUCGCCGCGGAGAAUUGUUUUAUUACAUGCACCAGCAGGUUGUCGCCCGGUAUAACACGGAACGAUUCGCCAACGGAUUGCCUCGUGUGCGCACUUUAGCGACACUACGUGAUCCAAUAGUAGAGGCGUACUAUCCGAAGAUCAUCCGAAGUUCCAACAAUCGAUCUUUUCCAGGUCGUGGACGGAAUAUGUUGUUGAGUGAUCUAAAUCGAGUGGAAGACAGAGUUAUUGUGACGAUUGCUGACAUGGAACUUUGGACGAGUAGAAUAUUUGAAGCGAUUGACUCUGGAUUUGCGAACGGGGCCGACGGUCAGCGAAUUCCACUAGAUAACAAAUCUGGAAUAGACGUCUUAGGAAACAUGGUGGAAAACUCAACAGCCUCGCCUAACGCUGACUAUUACGGCCGUUUACAUAACGAGGGUCAUAACAUGCUCGGCUAUAUUCACGAUCCGGACAAUUCUUUUCUCGAAGGUUUUGGAGUAAUGGCUGACAAUACCACGGCCAUGCGCGAUCCCGUUUUUUACCGCUGGCAUCAACAUGUUGACGAUAUCUUCGAACGACACAAGCGUCGGUUCAAACCGUACAAUGCUGACGAGUUAUCUCAUCCAGACAUUGAAAUCGAAUCUUUUAGUGCUCAACUAAAUCGAGCCGGGACUAAGGGCAACAUCCUGUUAACUUUUUGGCAAAGAUCCCAAGUCGAUCUCGGAACCGGUCUUGAUUUUGGACCGGAAGGAAAUGCGUUCGCCACGUUCACGCACAUCCAACAUGCUCCCUUCACCUAUCGAAUCAAUGUUAGAAACGGUAGCGGUUCUCCUAAACGUGGAACGGUACGGAUAUUUAUCGCUCCAAUAACGGAUGAAACUGGCAGAACUAUACCCUUCCGCGAACAGCGCCGUACGAUGAUCGAACUGGAUAAGUAUACUGUCAAUUUAAAUCCUGGAGACAACAAUCUCGUACGCCGAUCGGAACAAUCAAGCGUAACCAUACCAUAUGAACGAACGUUCCGCAAUGUCGCUGCGUCGAAUCAGCCGAACAACGCCCAGUUCAGAUUCUGUAACUGUGGAUGGCCCGCGCACAUGUUGUUACCGAAGGGUACCCCCCAGGGUGCGAUGUACGAUUUGUUUGUGAUGAUAUCCAACUUUAGGGAUGACACUGUUAACCAGGAUUUUGACGAGAAUGAACCGUGCAACGACUCCCAUUCAUUCUGUGGGCUACGCGAUAGGCUCUAUCCGGAUGCACGUAAUAUGGGUUUUCCGUUUGAUCGGCAGGUUCCACCCUCGGUGUCGAGCUUGAAGGACUUUGUGCGCCCAUACAGGAAUAUGGCCACGACAGCCGUGCAGAUCCGUUUCACUAAUACGGUUAUUUCAAGGGUUUGAAUAAAGUUUCUUUUUCUGUUCGUAAAAUGCGAUACAAAGCGUA